AUGCUUAAGGAAGAUUACAUUGAUGACAAGAAGUUACCUGCACAGCAUGUCGUAAAAGAUAACUGUUCCGAGGCAGAUAUUUCCCUAUCUGUUUGUACGCCAUCUGAUCUGAAACCCCUAGCUGAUUCAUCCAAUUUUGAUGAUAAACAUAAAGACCAACGUACAUCACCGUUCAGAAGUAUGAAAUAUGAAAGUAUUAGCAGAGCAGUUUGUGAAAGUCCUUCUAAACUUGUGAUUAAAAACUGUGAAACUGAAAGUCUGCAUCAUUUAUUCCCAGACGACAUAAAUACAGCCGCUGAAGUUACCGACAAUUUUGAAUCUGAACCUAGUAGUGUUGGUUCGGACCUAUUUCCUGACUCUCGAACAGCAGAUUUACCCCUAGUUAACUUAGUCAAAUUAAACCAGGAAACCAAUCAAAAGGAUUUGCUUCCAUUCGAAAUCACAUCACCACAACUUGAAAACAAAGUACAACACUCCACUUCUGAUCAUCUUUCAACAGAUACCAUUUUUAAAUCUUUGUCAUCAGCCGGUGACGCUAAUGAUACCCUUUCGACUUGUGAAUUACUUCAGGGAGAAAUCUCAUACGACCUUCCCAGUUGUGAACCUGUAAAACAUAUUUUGGAUAAUAAAGACUUGAAAAACAAUGACAUUAAUCUAUCUGAUAAUUUCCUACUUCACAAACAGAUUGAAACGUUAACAUGUAAACUUCUGGCUACACAAGAUCAAGUUGAUCGGCUUUUAGAAGAGAAACGUAUAUGGAUCGGAACCACUCAGCAUGCUAACGGGGUUAAAGAAAGCAAUCAAGUAACCCCAGGUGAACUGCGUGGGAGGUGGAUUCAGGCAAAAAACUUAGCGGAAACUUAUAAGCGAGAGAAAGAGGCUGUGGUUAUUAAAUAUGCUCAGAGUGAACAGAAACGAAUGCAGUUAGAACAACAAGUUCAUAGUCUUGAGUGUAAAAUAAGCCGUAUAAUUAACUCGAAUAAUUUAGAACAACAACACCAACGGCAAGCAGCAAAUGAAAAUGAACACAUCGAUGUUAACGACAAAUCUUCCCCGAAGAAGCAAGCUCGUAAAGCGUCAACACAGAGAAAUGAUUCACAUGAAAAAUCCAAUGUGGGACAUCUUCAAAAGGAUUUAACUUCAGCUCGUGAACGAAUUGAUACUCUGCUUAAAAACAAUCAACUGAUGAUUCAAGAAUCACUUAAAACUGAACAAAAGAAAUCUUCAUCUUUAAAUGAAAAUUUGAAUCGUGUUAAUAAAGCUUUGGAAAAUGCAUUAAAGCAAGCAAAGGAAGCUGAACGUCUUCGUGAGCGUGAAGCAGAACGUCUGUGCUCAGAGGUUGCACUUCAAGAAGCUCAAACAAAUUUAAAACAGCUCAAAAUUGAAAACGAUGCUCUUAAACAAAAAGUAAUGGAUUUAGAAAGUGUUAAGUGUGAUUUUGAAAAGUCUCAAUCUCGUAUUGAUGAACUUACCAGCGAGUUAUCAUCCGCUGGUGAUAUGAAAUUAGAAUUACAAUCAUGUAAAGGUCGUGUUGAUCAGUUGUCAGAUUUUACACGUCGUUUAACUGAACGUCAUGCAAAUUUACAAGCUGAACAUUUGGUCACACUCAACUCACUUGAAGAUACUAGAAAUUUGUUGGUCAAAAAAGACGAAGAGAUUGUACAACUAAAGGAGAAGUAUGAAAGUGAACGUAAUGACUUGGAAGUGAAAAUGAAUACACUACAAAGGAAAUUCAAUGAUUUGUCUGUUGAGCUUAAUCAGCUCAGUGACUCCGAGAAUCUUCUUAGAAUUCAACUGAAAGAAGAAAAACAACGUGCUACAACCAUUCACAAACGUGAUGCUGCACGAAUAAAAGAUAUAACUAGAGAAGUGACACGUUUAUUAUAUCAUUAUAAUAAGGUUAAUCAACUAGAAUGUUGUCAUCGUAUUGCCAGUUCUCAGUCUACAGAUUUACAUGAUGACUUAAAUUCCACUUCAAAAUCAUUUACAAAUUCAUUAAAUGGUUCAUUGAAAUCUUUAGAUCUAAAUCAAAUUCCAGCAGAGAUUGAGGAUGAUAAGGUUGCAAGCCCUUCGUCUGUAGCACAUAGAUUGGUAACUGGUCGGUGUAAUUCUCCAUCAUCAUCAGAAUCAAAUAAUAGCAAUCACGAUGACAGAAAUUGUGAAGAGGCACUCGAUGAAACUUCAGUUAAUCUCAAGUGUUCAGAACUGAAGUUAACGGAUAAACUUGAAUUUUUCCAAGAACACUGUUAUCAACUAACAGAAGAAAUAAACAAAAAGAGUAGAAUUAUCCAGAGUCUUCUGCUUUCAACAAACAAAUGGUGUGAAUCAAUAACUUCAUUCAUUAGUGAUAAUAAUCAAAACAAGAAAACUCAGACUAUGAAUUAUAAACAAAAUUCAAUCAUAUCUUCGUUGACUGGUAGUAGUAUUAAAACAACUAAAGUUACACAUUCAGAGAUUUAUCACCUUGAAAAUAAUAAGAAACUUCAAAAUUUGCUGGAGGAUGCAAUAUUCAAGAAUAUUUCAUUGAAAGAAAAUCUAAAUACAAUGGGAUUAGAAAUAUCAAGUCUACGCUUAAAUCAUGAACGUAUAUUGAAUUCUCUUUGUCAAGAGUGUAAGAUAACAAAUCAGACUCUGCAUAAAACACUGACAAAAUCAAAUCAAGUACAUGAAUCAAGUAGUCAUUCAGUGAAUAUGAAUUCUGAACCACCAGUAUUUCAGAAUGGUGGUGUAAGCGCAUAA